AUGCAGCACCACCCUCCUCCCAUCAAGCUUGAUCCCGUGCCGCCGGCCCGCCGCAUUCCACUCGGCGGCGCUCACCCCAGCCCGCCGCAGGUCCAGCCAGGCCAUGUUCGUCUCGACGGGCCGCAGCAGCCUCCCGCCCUUGGCGAGCCACAUGCACCCGAUCCGCUCGGCGAGCAGGUGGCUCGGCCUCAGGACCCCGCGCGUGUCCAGCUGGCCCUCGCCAAAGUUCUCGAGGACCGCCUGCUGCGCCGCGGCGGCGAGCACGCCGGCCUGCCGCAGCCCGCCGCCGAUGCUCUUGCGGAUGCGCCGCAGCGCCGCGACGAGCCGCGCCGGGCCCAGGACCAUGGCCCCGACGGGCGCGCCGAGGUUCUUGCUGAAGUCGAGCGUCAGGACGUCGCAGCAGCGCGCAAAGUCGCGCAGCGGCGUCCCGCUCGCGGCCACGGCCUCCCACAGCCGCGCGCCGUCCAUGUGCACGGCGACGCCGCCGCGCGCCGCGGCCCAGGCCUUGAGCGCGCGCAGCUCCGCCAGCGGCACCACGGCCCCCGAGGAGGAGGCGGUGUUCUCGACGCUGAUCACCCGCGUGGGCGCCUUGUGCACGUCGUCGGUGACGACGGCGUGCUUCUCGGCGUCCCGGGCCGUCAGGUACCGCCCGUUCAGGGGCCGCACGGGCUGGAUCAUGGCGCCGCUCAGGUGCGCGACGCCGCCGGCCUCCCAGUGCACGAUGUGGGAGCGCGAGUCGACGAGGAUGGCGUGCGGCGGCUGCGCGAGCAGCGACCGGAGCGCGAGCUGGUUGGCCAUCGUCCCGCUGAUCACGAAGGCGGCCGCCUCGUGCCCGCAGAGCUCGGCCAUCCGUUGCUCGAAGAGCGUGGUCGUCUCAUCUUCGGCGUAGACAUCGUCAUGCAGGGUUGCUUUGGCGAUGGCCUCGAGCAUGCCGAGUGA